AUGAGCAGCAGCACGAUCCCCGAACGGUCAAGCCAGCAAUACGGCCCGGGUGAUCUUCCCACUAAAAUUGUCGAAGAUGAGGAUGAACACGCUUACCAAAUGGAGGGUGCGGAUGGACAAAUCGACAACGGCACCGUGUCGAAACAACCCAGUCAACACAUCAUGAGGCCGGAUACUGGACGUAUGGUUGCAUGA